GGCGAGUGUUGACGGAGGAGACGCGCUCCCGGGCCCUGCCUUACCUUGCCUUACCUUACCGUACCCCUGCCCUGCCCUGCCCGGCGAGCGCUGCGAGGGAGUCCGGCGCGCGGAGCCAUGGCGGCCGGUGGACAUGAACCAUAUGUAGAAAUAAUCGAACAACCUAGGCAAAGGGGCAUGCGUUUUCGUUAUAAAUGUGAAGGACGCUCAGCAGGGAGCAUUCCAGGAGAACACAGUUCCGAUAAUAACCGAACAUACCCAUCUAUACAGAUAAUGAAUUGCUAUGGGAAAGGAAAAGGAAAAGUGAGAAUAACUUUGGUAACAAAGAAUGAGCCAUACAAACCACAUCCCCAUGAUCUAGUUGGAAAAGACUGUAGAGAUGGCUACUAUGAAGCUGAGUUUGGUCAGGAACGAAGAGCUCUGAUUUUUCAGAAUUUGGGAAUUCGAUGUGUAAAGAAAAAAGAAGUUAAAGAAGCCAUUAUUUCACGAAUUUCAGCAGAAAUUAACCCUUUCAAUGUGCCAGAACAACAGCUACUCAACAUUGAAGACUGUGAUCUCAAUGUGGUGAGACUCUGUUUUCAAGUUUUCCUUCUGGAUGAACAUGGCAAUUUAACAUCAGCUCUUCCUCCUGUUGUCUCCAACCCAAUUUAUGAUAAUCGAGCUCCUAACACUGCAGAAUUAAGGAUCUGUCGUGUAAACAAGAAUUGUGGAAGUGUCAGAGGAGGUGAUGAAAUAUUCCUACUCUGUGACAAAGUUCAGAAAGAUGAUAUAGAAGUUCGGUUCGUGUUGAAUGAUUGGGAAGCCAAAGGUAGCUUUUCACAAGCAGACGUACAUCGUCAAGUAGCCAUCGUAUUCAGAACGCCACCAUUUUACAAAGCUAUCACUGAACCAGUGACAGUAAAAAUGCAGCUCCGAAGACCUUCAGAUCAGGAAGUUAGUGAAUCCAUGGACUUUCGCUAUCUGCCAGAUGAAAAAGAUCCAUAUGGGAAUAAAUCAAAGAAACAAAAAACAACUUUAGACUUCCAGAAGCUGUUGCAAGGUUGUGUUAAUUUUCCAGAAAGACCAAAAGCUGGUCCUCCCCGAUCAACUGGAGAAGGGAGAAUCAUCAAAAAAGAAAUGUCAAGAACUCCAGGAACUAUGCAUCAAGUCUCAUCUUAUUUUACUUCACCACUUGUGUCAAGUUCAAAUACAAUGCCGCAUCCAACUUCAACUUUAUCUUCGAUGGUACCUUAUCCAUCUUCAAGCUGGCCUUCAAUGACUCUUCCUACAUCAAUAAACCCAACUAAUACACAUUCACCAAGUGGUUUUUCAACAGGAACACUUCCCUCUGAUUCACAAAGUAGCCGGUCAUACCUGGAAAUAGCUCGUGUUUCCAAUAGUCUAGAUACUUCUGAUCCUUGUCUUUUUAACAAUGGUACGAAUGGAAUUGGAGCUCAGUCCCUGUCACAGGCUGACCUUUUUGGGGUUAAUAACAGCAUGUUGCAGAAUAUUACAACACCCAGCAGUGACAGCAUGAUGGAGACUGACAUGCAGUAUGUUAGCAUGAACCUUGAAAGCUCAUCAUAUAACUCAAUGUUAAACCCAAGAGACUACAGGAGACAACUCCAUCCGACACCACCAUCUACUGGAGGAUCCACAGCAGGCUCCAGUGCCAAUUCUACUCUCUUUAUUUCACAGUCAGAUGUAUUUCAUUCAGUAGAUUUCAGUUGUCUAGAGAACAGUACAGUAAGUGAAUCAAAAUCAUCAGGCAAUCCUAAUUCAAAUAACCCAAGUUUUGUGCCUAACAGUCAAUGUUAUGUUAACAGUAAUAUGCAAAAUGAAGAUCAUUUUAAUUCCUUUGAAGUCAAUUUAGACUUGUUUAAUACAGAACUUGUCUAAUUAAAAUGGAGUUUGUAGCCUUUGAAUAUAUACUUGCAGGCAUUUUAAGAUUCUGUUUUAAAUCUUAAGAUGCAAAGUUUUAUACUCACCUUAUGCAUGGAGCCUCCUAUAAGUGUGAAUUUGGUGUCUUCUGUGGAUCUUGUCUACAGGAGGUUGUCAUGAAAGUGCCCAAAGUAUUCCUUAUAACAGAGCUUCACCUACAGCAUUUGGUUUUACUGAAGGAACUGCUCGAAGGAGGGUGCUUGU